AUGAUUAUAAAACUAGUUUAUAAUAAGGAAAUACAUCUGUUCAAAUUAGAGAAUCCAGUUCUUGAAUAAAUAAAGAAUCAUAUUAUAAAAUUACAUCCUUAAAUAAAUUAGAACUAUAAUUUAUUUUAUAAAGAUGAUGAUGGUGAUUCAAUAAGCAUAAGUUCAGAUGAAGAUUUAAAAGUUUUAAUGGAGAGUGUAAAGAAUUAAACUGUUAAGAUUACGAUAGAACCAUUUAAUACAUGGAUUUGCAAAUAUUGUACAUUUGAAAAUUUAGAUGGAAUUAUUUGUGGAGCAUGUUCUUAAUAUAAAGAACCCGGGCCUUAAUAAUAAUAAUAAUAAUAAUAUGUUUAAUACAAUUAACCAUAAUAUCCAGCAUAAUCUUAUCCUCCUUAAUAAUAUCUUUAAUAACCUCCUUUUAUUCCUCCAUAACAUUUUCCUUAAUUUGGUAUGAUUCCUCCUUAAAUGCCUCCUCAUUUAGGAUAAUUUGAAUUUGGACAUCCACCUCAUCAUAUGUUUGGAGGUUUUCAUCAUCAUUUUAAACAUCAUCAUCGUCAUCAUCAUAUGAAAUGGCAUAAAUUAAAAGAAAUAAUGAAGAAUCCUUAAUUUAAAUAACAAAAAGAAAAACUAUAGCAAUUGUUAAAGGAAGUGAGUUAGACUUUAAAAAAUACAAUAGGAAAUCAAUAGUAUUAUUAGUAUAAUAAUUAAUUAAUUAAUUUAAUAGAUAUUAGUAAUAAUGGCCUUGGAGUGAUUUAGAUGAAUAAAGGGCAACUAGAUUAGCAGAAGUGUUAUAAUGCAAUUAAGAAUAAGCAAGAGAAUAUUUAAUGAUAUUCAGAGACUUAACAUUAGAUGAAAUAGUUAUGAUGGUAGAAAAUGCAGAAUGA